UAUUUGUUACGUUUAGAUAGUAUGAGUGCAACCAAUGAUAGCAUCAAAUGCUUGAAUAAUAAGACAACAAAUAGUUUACAAUUAAUUGAAUCCAAAGUAAGCGAUGAAUUAAAGAGCGACACAACCAAUGACUGCAACUUCUGGGAGUUGAUCACAGAUGUGGCCAAAGAUUUAGAUCUCGUCCUACAAGACUUGUCUCCUGACUUAGAGAUAUCAAAAAAUUUGGUCAACAAUGGAGAUAUCGAUGAACGCCUCGUUAGUACCGUUGAUGACUGCAACCCAACCUCUUCAGAGCCGAAGUCAUCGGAUUCCCUUUUAUUCGAGUCGAUUGGUGUCGGAAUUGCAGGAAAUGAUUCACAACAACAACAAAAUCAGAAAACUAGAGACAACUGCAACUUCAUUGAUAGCAAAUCAUCAGAUAAUAGAAAUUAACUCUAAUAUAAAUGAAGUAGAAAUUAAUGAAAAAGAGCUAAAAGUGGACACUGUUUUGGCAGACAAUACAUCAAAUAAUGACAAGAAUGAGAGCGACAACAACUCUGGGAACAGUUGUGACUCAAUUCCUGCAUCUAUUGGUCUCUUAGAGCGUCUUAUUCGUUGUCAUCCGAUAUGGUUUUUGGCUGAUAUCGGACGGGCAGGCAGUGUACACCUCCUUCAGGGCAAAGAGCCCGGAUGUUUCAUUGUUCGUCAGUCAAGCAAACCAAACACAAUGGCUCUAUCGGUUCGUUUGCCCGAAGGUCAGGACCGGCAUAUCGAGCACUACCUGAUAGAAGACGCCGGUAAUGGAAAACUUCAUUUGGAAAACUCAGUCAAUUAUUUCAGUGCAAUUCCGAUGUUAGUCUGUCACUACACAACCUGUUGCGAUGAACUACCCGUGCAAUUGACACUUCCUAAAGUGCUUGUCCAGUCAAGUCGACAACAAAUGACAUCAUUGGCUCUGUUAGGCCAAGACUUUUGGCAAUCAAGUCUUUCAAAACUUAAGAAUUCAAGUGACACGAUAAGUGAUGACAACACAUCCAAUGAGUCGAAUUCAAGCAACAGAAAAGUCAAUAUCUGUUCCACUUUCAAAAGUGAUUCUAACCCACAGCCACCUCCUAUUCCUCCAAAACAAGAUGUAUCGAGUAUUGAUCCAAUUAUUGAUACCAAAAAGUCAUCAACAGUUCCAAUAAUGCCGUUAACAACACAACCGAAGUUACCUCCAAAACGACCAGAUCCGCCACCAAUUCCUCCACGAAGUAAAUUUAAUACAUUGAAUAAAAUUGAGAAAUCAUUGAACUAUUCAACUAAUGUCUCAAAGCCAGUGGCUAUUGAAAUGAAUGAAAGUGMGAUUGAGUCGAAACCAAUAUCGGAGACGACAGCACUUAAUACCGAAAUAACAUUAAUUGAAGUAAAAGAUGUCAAAUGCCGGCGUAAAUCGCCCAACAAUUUGUCGAUCAAUUCUAGUCAGCAAUCAGUCGAUAAUAAGCCAAAAGAGUUCCGCAGAAGUAUACCAAAUGCUCAAAAAAGAGUUUUAUGUUAUCGGAGUUCACUUCAUGAUAAAGAAAGCGAUUACGAAGACAUUUGGGGAUCAAAUACACUUUUCAAACGUACGUCCGAUCCUAACAAAGCUACUCUCAAUGGUAUUAAAGAAAUUAAAAUGAUUAAUAAAAGUCAUAGAAGUACUCAAACAGAAAGUACUGUUUUAAAUCAGGAGUCAACAGCUAUUCUCAAUUCGUAUCCAUUUUAUAUCGAUCCGAUUGAUCUCAUUUCCAAUAGAAAUGACACGACCAUCAAGUCUUCAGUUAUGAGACGAUCUGAUACUGAUAUCUUCGAAACAAAACCAUUGUAUACAACAUCACAUUUAGGUCUUUCAAUGGAAAGUUUAAUUGAUAGCAUUAAAACUCAUUCAUCACAAGUGGAUACUUGUCAACAAUCGUUUAGCACAUAUAAACCCAAUUUUCAAGAUGUCUCACUUCAAGUCGGUUUGAGUACUUUUGCAAGAUUUAAAACCARUCCUCGCGAACCGUUUUGGACAUUAGAUAAGUCAUGGCAAUGGCUCGACGAUAACAUUUCGAUGGUUUGUAGGCGAUCUUUACAAAGAGAAUCCAUGUCUGGUCCCAGAAGAAGUAGUUUUGUUGAGUCCAUGAGAAGUGAUAAAACAACUGUUGAAGAUAUGAUUCAAGUUCAAGCACCGGAACUAUGCGUUGAUAAGAUACCUAAUCUGGAUAAAAGAAAUACUAACUGUAAACAAGUUGAUGAAGAUUUGAAUAAAAGAUAUGAUAAUUUGGUUGUUUAUAACAAGAAAGAGUUGGUCAGACAGGAAACAUUCAACGAUACAGACACUGAAUUUAGUGAGCCGUGGGAUAGCGAUUGGUGGCAAUCGAUGCUUAAGAAAGUGUUUCCUAAAAACUCGUUGAUUCAGUUUAGUCCUGAAAACGAGGAAAACAACGUCCUAUUGAAUAGAGAGUUAUUAAUUAAUAGCUGUGAGAACAGGUCGUCAAUAACAAGUUUAUCGGAUAGYCACCGAACCAGUACUUUCGAUAUAACAGAAAUUAGUUCAAUGGGUGAUCUGCGAUCUAAUGCUUCAAUUGGUGGUCAUCGAGAAUCCGCUGACAGCGAAAGGUUAACAGUUUUGGAGACAAAUGACUGCGGAAUUGGUUUAAAUAUUUGUAAUUAUGUAUUCAAACUGUCGGCUGAAGGAAACAAUACAUUUGCUAAAUCUGUCGAUCAUUUCAUUGAAUGCACUAAAGAGACUAAUGAUUUAAAUCCUAUUAUAGUAAUGCGAAAUAUUCGUCAGUUUAUGAACGGCAUGAAGAACUAUCUGGUAAAGCACGGGGAGGGACAGCUCAAAGAGAUGAUUGAAGAAGAAAGAACUAAAUUACAAUCCAACGAAUUUUUAAACAUUGAUGCAAUCCUCGAGAGUGCCUUACAUCGACUCGUUAUCAAACCAUUGAAGAAUUUCUUAUAUCAACUAUUUAUUAGCGAAUAUAACAAAAACGGUUCCCUAAAAAUUUUGUCGCAUAAUAUAAAAGAAGCUCAAAAUAAAACACCACAAGAGUUGGGCGUUCGGCCGGAACUGUUGCCAAUCGACAACAAAAUAAUACUCGAUAUACAAAAACACUUGUGUCGACUGCAACAGUCAUACUCUCCGCUCAAAAAAUUGGAGUACUUGUUGUCCGCCAUAUCAUCUAUUUAUAACAGUGUUCGGCACCAGAAAACUGAAACCACUGAAUCAACUAAUGGUCACUCAARACGUGAAUACGCCUCCUUUGGUGCCGACGACUUCCUUCCCAUAUUCAUCUAUGUUCUCAUUCAAUGCGGUGUCAUAUCAGCUGAGAUUGAGGCCGACUAUAUGUUUGGUUUACUACAYCCUUCUAUACUUAGCGGUGAAGGCGGCUAUUAUUUAACUACUUUAUCUUCCGCUGUCAAUGUUAUCAAAAAUAUGCAUCAAAUGAUUGGUCCCGAAUAUAACACAAUUCAUAGCACAAGUGAUUCAAAUGACGACUCGAGUCUUACACAUCAAAACAUUCAUCAAAUGAACAGCUCUUCCAGUGAUACGAGUGUCACAUCAGGUUCUGUCGGUCAACACUCUCCUUACAAUCAAAUAAAGCUUCCGAUUAUUGUUAAUAUGAAAGCAUAUAUGCGAGUCUUGAUUCCCGAUGAGUUCACUUCGAGUAUUGUAGUCAAGACUCUACCGGUUCGACCAAAUAUGACCACAAAAGAGAUUUGCAAAAUGAUUGCACACAAACUUAAAAUAACAAACUCUGAAGACUUUGGUCUCUUUCAUUUGGUUAACGGCAAUGAGAUUCUUCUCAAUGACUCUGAUUUGCCUCAAGUCAUCAAAUCKGAAGCUGCAGUCACUGACCGCGAAACUCAUUUUGCUUACAAGAGAUUCGAUGCAAAGUUUAUUUGGCCCUUAAAUCACAAUUUUUAGCUUUAA